AACGUUCUAUACUUUUGAGUGAUUUGACAGAGGCUGUCUAUAAUUCUUUAAUUUCAAUACCAGAAAUUGAUGAAAAUUUGGAGGGCAAUAUUGGAUUUUUUUUUGAGUGUUGUGUCGAUUUUACAGAAAUUUUGGAUUUUCAAGAGA